UGCCCGCGCACAGGUCCGCGGGGAGGGGCGCCCUGUCGACCGGCCCACCCCGGGGCGUUCCUGAAGGGCGCCCGAGGCUGCCCCCACCGCCUCCCAGAUGUACUAUGCAGUUUCCCAGGCUCGCGUGAACGCAGCCCCGGUGACCAUGCUGCGGCCACAGCGGCCCGGAGAAGUGCAGCUCGGGGCCUCCCUGUACGAGCUAGUGGGCUACCGGCAGCCGCCUUCCUCCUCCUCCGCCUCCUCCUCCUCCACUUCCUCCUCCUGCUGCACCACGGCGCCCCUCCUCCUCCCCAAGGCUGCGCGCGAGAAGCUUGAGGCUCCCGCCGAGCCUCCCCGGUCCGGCGCGCACGCGAGCGCCCGGGCGGACGCCAAGGAGGAGCAGCAACAGCAACUGCGGCGCAAGAUCAACAGCCGCGAGCGGAAGCGCAUGCAGGACCUGAACCUGGCCAUGGACGCGCUGCGCGAGGUCAUCUUGCCCUACUCGGCCGCGCACUGCCAGGGCGCGCCGGGGCGCAAGCUCUCCAAGAUCGCCACGCUGCUGCUUGCCCGCAACUACAUCCUGCUGCUGGGCAGCUCGCUGCAGGAGCUGCGCCGCGCGCUCGGCGAGGGCGCAGGGCCCGCCGCGCCGCGCCUGCUGCUGGCCGGCCUGCCUUUGCUCGCCGCCGCGCCAGGUUCGGUGCUUCUGGCCCCCGGCGCCGUGGGGCCCCCCGACGCACUACGUCCGGCCAAGUACCUGUCGCUGGCCUUCGAUGAGCCGCCCUGUGGCCAGUUCGCGCUCCCCGGCGGGGGCGCGGGCGGCCCCGGCCUCUGCACCUGCGCCGUUUGCAAGUUCCCGCACCUGGUCCCCGCCGGCCUGGGCCUGGCCGCCAUGCAGGCUCAGUUCUCCAAGUGAGGGCAGCCUGGGCCCGGGGAGGGGCGCGACUCGGUCGGGCCUCCCGCCGCCCAGCUUCUCCGCGGCCCUGCGCCCUGGGUCCAGGGAGGGCGAGCCCGAGUGAGGAGGACGUUUGGCACCGUUUCUGGACCAGAGGAAGGGACUGGGCCUCGUUCCCUACCCCCAGCCCUGGGAAAUGAAGGUGACCGCGCGGAUGUUCCUCCUCGGAGCGUCGAAGCUGUUUGGGCUCUGGGUUGAUUCCUCCGGCUUAGGACUGAAAGUGGACGCACCCCCGCUCUCACCCGGCGCGUCGCUGUCCCUGUCCCCGGAGCUGCGCGCUUCGCUGGGCUGGUACGGAUCUUAGGAGGCGAGGCCACCCCUGAGCGCGACCUCCUGGGGGUGUCUGUCCCCUCCAGCCAAGCGGCCGCUCUCAACCUUGUUCCCACCGGCCAGGUUCCGGCAAAGGAGGCAGCCAGACCCCGGGGGACGGAGAAAGACCAGUUAUUGGUGCGGAUCGCGAGGGGCGCCGCAGGUGGGAUGGUGACAGUCCCGGGGUCGCCGGUGCGCGGGAUUGGAAAUUCGGUCCGCUUUUGUAGCCAGGCGGUUCGAAAUCUACUGUUAACCAUCGAUCCUGGAGUGUUCUUCGAAAGAGAAGUUACGACUCAGAAUCACCUUUCGUCACCGCCGUCCCCAAAAGUAGCCUAACCGACGUUUGAGCUCAUGUAAAAACAAAAAGCAACCACCUUUCACGCCAUUGGAGUUCCGGAGUUACUAAAAUAGGUAACAAGGCAUUUCGCCGUCGCCUGUCUGGUGAAGCUUUCUAAUUAACCUUCUCGUUCGAAGACGCGGAGGAGGAGCACCAGGAAGGAGCCCAAACCGCGCUGCUCUCGGGGCGCUUGCAGCUGCGACGGCGGAGUGCGCGUUGGGCUCAGGGUCCCCGCCUGCGCAGCCCGAGCCAGUCCCAGUCGCCGCUUUGCAACCGAAGUGUACCUAGAGACGGGUCUCGAUUUGUUCGGGCGGCAACAGAUGACCCGAGGUUAUUUUCUGAUCUUUCAGCAGUUUACUUUGAUUUUUCUGUCGACAGUAUUUGGUUGUCCGUAGUGGCCGAAUUUAACUGGCGUUUUAUUUUACCUCUAACUUUGUUCUCUCGAGCUGUACAGAAUCAACAAAAUAAAACUUUUAAAGCCUAAUUUUUUA